AUGGUCCCGUCUACACUGCUUUCUCCCUUUUCCGCCUUCCCCUUCCUCGCCGUAAGUGACGAUCUCUACUGCUCCUUUGUUAAACCCCCGAUGUCGUCCCUAGCAGAAGCCGACGUGAAAACUGGUCCGCAGCGAUAUGCCGAGCUGGCCGAUUAUAGGCAAAGGUCAAUCGCGGACAAGCGCCGACAAAUCGGCGGCACGGCCGUCUGGGAAAUCGUAGACGAAAAGGACCAUAGCUCCGCGGUGUACCUCCGCUUGAAGGAGCCGGCACCCAGAGAUUCCUUCUUCCAAACUCGGCCGAAACGUCUAGUUCCGGAGCUCGGCGGCCCCGAAUCGCCGGAGCAGCCGGCUCACACUGCUACUUUCAUUUUUACGGCUCGGCUCGUACGAGUCUACAAGAUGCACAUUCUGGCCUACACCCUCUAA